AUGGAGGAACAAUUCAAAGCCCUGGCUGAAUUGGUACAACAAUUGCAGGCAGAUAACCAACAACUUCGGGAAGAACUCCUUAGGAGGCCUGCUAAUGUUGGUGGAGAUGAGGCACAGGCUGCUAGCCCUAGGCAUGAGGUUGAUGCCCGUCCAUCCGUUAAUACAUCUGCAUCUGAACGAUAUGUAUAUGUUCCACGCGAAAGAAAAUGUCCCAGGUUUUCUGGGAGAAGGUUCAAUGAUUUGUUGACAAUAGAAGAUUGGGUAGAAGAAGUACGUAGGUCUCUGAUAGUUCGUCCAGCCCCAGAGGCUGAGAAAGCUUUGUUCGUUUAUGAUCUUUUAGAUGGAGAAGCUAAGGCUGAAGUAAAGUUUCGCCCUUCUAGUGAGAGGGAUGAUCCUGAAAAAAUCUUUUCAAUCUUACUUGAUAUGUAUGGGUGUUCCCAGUCUUUGGUUGGUUUGCAGAAGCAGUUUUUCCAACGUCGCCAGCUGGAGGGAGAGUCGCUGCGCGAAUACUCGCACGCCCUCAUGGCUCUAAUGGAGGCAAUGAAGCGCAAGAACUUGCCAGGUAUUUGUAACCCAGACCACACAUUACGUGAUCAGUUUAUUGAACAUAUGCGUGAUAACACUCUUCGCAGGGAAUUGAAACGACAGGUGCGGUUAAACACUGAGAUGUCAUUUCUGGAGGUUCGUUCUGAAGCUAUACGGUGGGCCGAUGAGGGAGAAACCCCCGGUGUGAGACCUCGAGCUCAUUCUUGUGCUGCAGAUGUUCAGGUAGUGGGUACGUACAGGUCUAACCCCCCCUCCCCCAAAUUUACUAAUGAAUUGGGUGAACUAAAAGAUUGUCUCCGUAAACAACAGGUGCAAUUAGAUGCCAUUUUGAAACACUUGAGUAUAAAUCCAUCAAAUACUGUAGGGGGUGCUGUUGGCUCCCGUCCAGGGACUGCCCGUUUCCAAGCCGACGGGAAAUUUAAGGGGAGUGCCAGGAACUGGUCAGGGGCAGCUAUCUCAAGUGCAAAGUCAAACAGUGGCACAGAAUACCCCAGUGCAGUCGGAAAACUAGCACCCUCUGGUGUUGGGAGCCUGGCAUCAGAGGGGGGUUCUCUUGGCUCUAAAGGUUUACUGGAAGAAGGUUUAGUUCAGCUCAUUGGACAAUGCCCUGUAGUGGAAGUUUCUUUUGGAGGGGUGAAAACUCCUUGUUUACUGGACACUGGAUCUAUGGUGUCAAUGGUCACAGAGAGUUUCUUUGAGUCAGCAUUUCCUAUGCAUAUAAAGGAAUGUUUGAAACCUUGUAGCUGGCUGCGGUUGAAGGCUGCUAAUGGAGUGGACAUUCCCUAUUGUGGCUACGUGGAGCUAGAAGUUGAGGUUUUGGGUAAAACUCUUCCUAAGAUGGGGGUACUGAUUAUGAGAGAUCCGUUAGAUCCCCUUACACGGCAACAAAAGCUUGUAGUCCCAGGUCUCUUGGGCAUGAACAUUUUGAAUUGUUGUUAUCAAGAACUUUUUCUUCAACAUGAAGAGAGUUUGUUUUCCUCCCUUACAGUUAAACAAGCGGGGAAAGAGUGGAAGCAAGCUCUUUUAGAGUGUCAGAGCUUGGCUCUCACAGCUGAAUCAGGGUUAUUGGGGAAGGCAGUUGUAAGAGCAGGAUCAGCCAUACGAGUGCCCGCGGGUUCCCUUCAAUGGGUUCCCACAACUGGUUGUCAAGGUAUGGCUCGUGUUAUUACUUCUGUGUUCUUGGAGCCCCCAGUGGGUGAGGAAAGUGUACUACCUGCAAACAUUCUAAUUUCAAAGUGUCUUCUACCUGUAGAGCAGGGUGUAGUUUAUGUUCCUGUAGUCAAUUUGGGGGAAAAAGAUCAAUGGCUUAGGCCAAAAACCCUUUUAGGCCAGCUGUAUAGGGUCGAUCUGCAGUCAGUCUUGGAUACCGAAUUGAAAGAGAGAGUAAUUAGUCAGGAGUUUGUGAAUUGUAAUCAGGUUUUGGAAGCUGCGAGUGGGUCUUUAUCAGACCCAAUUGAGGUUACAUGGCCUUCGUUGUCCACUGCACAGUCUCAACAGGCUAAAUGCCUUUUGAACCGUUUUAGUUCUGUGUUUAGUAAAAGUGAAGGGGACUUGGGGUGUACUCACCUAGUCCAACAUGAGAUACCAGUGUUGGAUAAUGCUCCUGUUCGCCAGCGCUAUCGCCGGUUGCCCCCCUCUCAGUAUGAGCAAGUCAAAACUCAUAUUAGUGAGCUGCUGGAACAGGGUAUAGUCCGACCUAGUUGUAGUCCCUACUCCUCGCCUAUUGUAGUGGUACAAAAAAAAGAUGGCAGUAUACGUCUUUGCGUUGAUUACAGACAACUUAAUGCUAAAACUAGGAAAGAUGCUUACCCACUUCCAAGGAUAGAGGAGUCAAUUGAUGCACUAACAGGGGCUAAGUGGUUUUCUACUCUUGACUUGGCUAGUGGGUAUAACCAAGUUCCAGUGGUUGAACGGGAUAAAGAGAAGACUGCUUUCUGCACGCCUUUUGGCCUCUUUGAAUAUAAUCGUAUGCCUUUUGGAUUGUGCAAUGCACCCGGCACCUUCCAGAGGCUUAUGGAGCGGAUCUUUGGGGACCAACGUUUUCAGUCCCUGUUGUUAUACUUGGACGAUAUUGUUAUCUUUUCUGGUUCUUUCGAACAACAUCUUCAACGGUUGGAAAUGGUCUUGGGGCGUCUUGAACAGAACAAUCUGAAGCUUAAGUUUCAAAAAUGCCAUUUUUUCCAGAAAGAGGUUAAGUAUCUUGGUCAUAUAAUUUCUUCUCAUGGAGUGUCUACCGACCCAGAGAAAAUUAGUGCAGUAGCCAGCUGGAAGCGACCCAGCAACCUUUUGGAAUUGCGCUCCUUUUUGGGUUUUGCAUCAUACUACAGAAGGUUUGUAAAGGGGUUUGCUCAAUAUGCGGCACCUUUACAUAGACUAGUCGGAGAGCUUCAGGGUAAAGGAAAGAAGCGGGGGUCAGGCACUAAUACUUUGCUAGAAGGGCGAUGGUCAGAAGUUGUGGAGAAUGCCUUUGUGGUUUUAAAGAGGUCAUUGGUAGAGGCCCCAGUGCUAGGCUAUGCUGAUUUCUCUAAGCCAUUUGUGUUAGAGAUAGAUGCUAGUCAGGUUGGCCUUGGGGCAGUAUUGUCUCAGGAACAGGAGGGCCAACGGAGACCUAUCGCUUAUGCCAGUCGGGGUUUGCGCCCUGCAGAAAGGAACAUGUCAAACUACAGUUCGAUGAAGUUAGAGCUCUUGGCCCUUAAGUGGGCCGUCUCUGAGAAAUUCAGAGAAUAUUUGCUUGGGGCAAAAUUCGUGGUAUUUACAGACAACAACCCUUUGAGCUAUCUGCAGACCGCAAAGUUGGCUGCUGUAGAGCAGCGUUGGGUGUCUGAAUUGGCUUUGUUUGAUUUUGAGUUGAAAUAUCGUCCUGGCACAGCUAAUCGCAAUGCGGAUGCACUUUCCCGUCUUCCUGUAGAUCCAGCCCCUAAUAGCGUAGGAGAAGUUGUUCCUGGCAUAACUUUGCCUCGGGUACUGUCAUCAGUUCAGUGUUCAAGAUUUGUUCCCAAUUCUGCCUUAACCUCAGAAAUAGCCGCUGUGCCUUUCCGUGAAAAGGCAGAUAUGCAAGCGCUUCAGGCUACAGACCCUCACAUUGCUGCAUUUUUGAAAUAUUGGAAAAAAGGGGUGGUCCCUACCCGUUAUGAAAGAGCUAAAGAGUCCAAGGAAGUACUGGAGUUGGUUCGCCAGUGGAAGCGUGUUCGGCAAAAAGAUGGAGUUCUGUAUAGGGAAGUCUUCCUGCCUCCAGGUAAGGUUAGAGUAUUACAAGUUCUAUUGCCUGAGGCCUUAAAGAAGGAAGUUUUGGAGGGUCUUCAUGACCAUCAUGGUCAUCAAGGUGUAGAGAGGACAACCACUUUGGUGAGGGAGAGAUGUUUCUGGCCUAACUUGCGGCACGAUGUUGAGCAAUGGUGCACUAAUUGUGAGCGCUGUGUAGUUUCCAAGGCCUUACGCCCCAAAGUUCGGACGACCAUGGGGCAUUUGAUGGCUUCGAGGCCCUUGGAAAUUCUUGCAAUUGAUUUCACACUUUUAGAACGGGCAAGUAAUGGAUGUGAAAAUGUGCUCGUAGUUACAGACGUUUUUUCAAAGUUUACUCAAGCUUACCCUACUCGAGAUCAAAAGGCUAGCACUGUGGUUCGUAUCCUGACAGAGAGGUGGUUCUACAUUUACGGGGUACCGAAACGUAUCCACUCAGAUCAGGGGCGAAAUUUUGAAGGAGAAUUGCUUAAGCGAUUGUGCCACCUGUAUGGGGUUCAAAAAAGUAGGACCACCGCAUAUCAUCCUGAGGGAAAUGGGCAGUGCGAAAGGUUUAAUCGUACCUUGCACGACCUAUUGCGUACUUUGCCCAUUGAAAAGAAAAGGGUAUGGCCACAAUUUUUACCACAGUUGCUUUUUGCCUAUAAUACCUCUGCCCAUCAAUCCACUGGCUAUUCCCCUUACGAACUUAUGUUUGGCCAGAAGCCAAGGCUUCCGGUGGAUGCCCUUUUAGGGAUGGAAGAAGAUAGUGUGCCGGCGACAGCUCAAGAUUGGGUGGAAAGUCAUCGAGACCAUUUGGCUUUGGUGUAUAGUAGGGCUAGGGAACAGCUUGGAGUGGCAGCAGCCCAGCGAGCGCGCCAUUCCCCAGAUUUUGUGCCCAUUCUACCAGUAGGCACUCUGGUUCUGUGCAAAAACCAUUUCCCAGGACGUCAUAAAAUUCAAGAUGUGUGGGGUUCUAAGGUGUAUGAGGUAGUGGAGUGUUUGGAUGGUGUAGGUACUGUCUAUAAAGUAAGACAGCAGGACUCAGUAGUGCACAUGAAGAACGUUCAUCGUUCGGAGUUGCGAGAGCUCCCUGAUGGGUAUGUACCCCUGGACAAAUGUGAGGUUGAGGUGAAUUGUCCUUCAGCAAGACCACUGGAGAUUAUUCAGCAAAUGCAAUUGGCUGAGGAUGACAUGUCGGAGGAGGAGAUUAUUGUUUUGCAUGUAACCCAGGGGGGAGGUCCAUCAGUAGCGGCAGCCAGGGAAGAUCCAGGUGAGCGGGAGGUAGAGGGGUGUCUAAUCGAACAUGUCACUGACCCCCUGGAUGUCCAGUGUCCAGCAGAGCAGGUGUUUGAGUCCCCUGACUUCCUUGAACCAAUUCCUGGCCCUAGCGAUCAAUUAGAGCAGGUGGUUGAUUCCCCUGACUGUCUUGAACCAAUUCCUGGCCCUAGCGAUCAAUUAGAGCAGGUGGUUGACUCCUCUGACUUCCUUGAACCAAUUCCUGGCUCUAGCAAUCAAUUAGAGCGAGAAUUGGAGCAGGAACGGGCAGAAUUCGGUUUGCGCCGGUCGGUUCGAGCAAAGGCUGGCCAACAUUCAAAUCCAUUUAAUCUUCCAAGGCCAAUACAAUUACCAGGGAACCACGUUCCCCCGAAUUCAGUUUUGGUAAGUUCGCUAUAUGUCCCUUUUAGACCCUGGAAUUAGAAUUUGUGGGAUGGGUAUGAGUGUUAUCACCGGGACGGUGAAUUUUGAAAGAGGGGGUGGAUGUAACCGGAAUGCGCAUGCUAUGCCUUUAAGGGGCAGGUGAUGCGAUCAAACAGGUAGCCUUUAAAGUCUCGUGGGAUUUAAUGAAAUUACGUUUGUUCUCGGGUUUCGCUUGAUAAACGAGUGUGUGGGCCGUUCUCGGGCGCGUUGGAAGAACUGCUUAUGUGAUUGCUGCUCUCCACAAGUUUGAUUGUUUUGUUCGCUGACAACCUACUGAUCUGAGAGCGCUGUGUGCAUGCAUUUCUGCAUUGGGGUAACAACGUUCGCUUUUGUUCUCCACUUUAUGAAUGAGUGCGUGUGUGUGGCGUUCUUUCGCAUUGGAAGAACUGCUCAUGCGAGUGCUGCUCUCGACAAGUGGUGUGAGUAAACCCGACUCUCAUUCAUGGUAGAUUUUUUUUAAGUGUUUGUUUAAUUUUCUAUAAAUGUGUUUUAGGAUUAAGUUGUGCUGACGGCCUUUGAUCUGAAAGCGCUGUGCGCAUGCAACUCUGCGUUAGGGUUCAGUCAUCUGAGUGUGAGUGUAUGAUUAAAAUGACGAGUUGUAAUUUAUACAAAAUGUGGUAAAGUAAAAUAAAUAAAUUUAGCAUAUGUUAUUUUAGGGUAAACUUGUGUCUAUACAGAGUUACGAGUACCAGCAUUCAUGGUGGAUCCUUGGGAGUGAUUGUGUGGUAACACUUCUGCCUUUAAUGAGACUGUUACGGUUUGGUCAACAUAAUGAGUGAUAGCGUACUAUGAGACGGUAUGUGAGAAUUUUAUGUGUAUUUUAAGGUGUAAUAUGAUUGUUUUGGUGAAUAAAAAUGUGAACUGGUUUUAAUUACAGGUUUCAAAUUCUCCUUCAGUUAUUGCUACCGUUUCCUUUCCAGCUAAACUUUAUUUAGCUUUAUUUAGUUUAAAAUUGGUUAAUGUGUUUUCAUUUGAUUUAUAAUUUUUUUCUUUUUUCUUGUGCAAUCUUUAAUUAGCCGAUUGGUUUAUCACUACAUGGGAGGUCUUCUUUUGCUUUUGUGAUUUUUGGUUUUUCUGUGUUCACGUGUGGUUUGAACGUUUUGAUUCAUUUUGGUUUUGUUUCCUCCCGUGUGGCGUUACCCAGUCUAUGAUUUAAGGUUGUUUUGUUGGUUUGUUUGUUUGUUUGUUUGUUUGCUAUUAUAUCUGUAGUUUUUUUUCAGCAUUGGAUUUACUUUUCCAUCCAAAUUUACUAUUUUCUCUAAUAUUUGAAUCCUAAAUUUGGUUAUUGAAAUAUUGAAUUUAUUGCUUGUUUUGUGCUGUUUAUUUGAUUAAGCUUCUUUUGAAUUCGUUAAUUCUUUUGUUUCUUUAAAUGUUGAGUUUAAUAAUAAUUUUGUUUGUGUAAAUUGGCUUUCCUUGUCUUUAAUUUGUUUCAUUUGUUUAGUCUAAUCUUGCAAAGGUAUUAAUAUCUCAACGAGCUUUCCUGUGGAGAAGGCAUAACCCUGUUUCUAAAUAAAGAAAAGAACCGUUUUGUACUCUGGCUUCUUGUUCAUUUAUUUGGACUACCUGUGCUUAAAAUUAUUAUUAAUAGGGUCCCCUAUCCCCAGAAAGUAGGGGUGGCGUAGUCAAUCUGGUCGACAUUAUUAACAGCUACA